GGCCAUCGCUGAUCAACACAAUCGAAAUUCACAUUUUUUCUACCUUUUUAACAUAAACGUGUUGAUUUUUACCAAUUGUUGACUCAAUAAACCAUGUCAGGGUCUAGUGGAGCCGGCCCGCCUCCUCCAGAUGGAGUGGUGAGGAGCAGCGCGCUCGCUUUCCUCCCGUCUGCGCAGGCGCAGCCCCCGGCCUCCCCUCAAGCAACUGAAGACAACAAACCUCCCGAAGACCAGGGAGCUCCUUCGGGAGCCUCUGAUAUGGCUGCUCCAGAGAGACUGGUUCCUGCGGGGGUGCGGGCGCUGUGUGCUGCCUGCCUCAGUGUGUACCCUGACCAGCCCAACCCAUUGCAAGUCACCACUAGACUAAAAUACUGGCUAGGAGGCAAUGACCCGCUGGACUACAUCAGCAUGUACUGGAACCCAGGGGACCCCUCCAUCAACGUGCCGCCUCACUGGCACUAUGUCAGUUUCGGCCUGUCAGACCUGCACGGCGACGGGCGCGUGCACCCCCUGCCCCCCUCCCCGUCCCCGCUGGCGCCCUCGGGGCUGGGCCUGGAGCUCACCUUCCGGCUGGCGGGGGGCGGGGGGGGCGCGCCGCCGCUGUGGCCCGCCGCGCUGCUGCAGGCGCUGGCUAGAUACAUCUUUACUACUGGUAACAAGUUCUGCGCGGGCGACCACGUGUCCUGGCACUCUGCAUUAGACGGCGGCGGCGGCGCCAUGAGACACCUGCUGGUGGCCGCCGACCCCACGCUGCCGCCGGCCAGCGCGCCGCACGGCACCGCACGGUUCCUGCAGAUGGUGGGGUGCACCAGCCGGGAGCUGAGGGCGGCGCAGCGCGGGUCCGGGUUCGAUGUUCUCAACGCUCUUGCUGAAGACACCAGAUGCGGCGGUCGCUACCUCGUCACAGACAUGUCGCGGCGUCGCUCGGCGCGGCUGCGCGCGGCGCCCCCCCCCGGCCCGCAGCCGCUGGCCGGCGUGUCCGCCCUCACCGCCUGGACCGAGUGGCACCCGGUCAUACAUACUUGCGGCGGUCGCUACCUGGUCACCGACAUGUCGCGGCGUCGCUCGGCGCGGCUGCGCGCGGCGCCCCCCCCCGGCCCGCAGCCGCCCCCCGGCGUGUCCGCCCUCACCGCCUGGACCGAGUGGCACCCGAGUCCGUCCCCGCAACCCCCCCUCUCCCCGCAACUGGAGGAGCAGAUCAAGGAGACGCUGCAGCGCGGGCUGAGCUGCAUGAGCAGCCUGCAGCGGGACCCCGCCGACCUACAAGGUCACAUGUCAACAGAUAGUUUUCAAAUGUCCAGCAUAGAGCGGGCCCUGCCAGAAAUACCAGAGUUAAUGCAGGGCUCGUGGCGCGGCGCGGAGGACGAGGUGGUGUACCUGUCCGGGGUGCACGUGCUCAUGAACGCCGAGAGCGCCGCGCUGCUACCGCUGGCUAUCAACGGCCGCGUGCUGCACGGCCGUCACUUCACAUACCGCUCCUGGAACUGCGCCAUCACACUCCUGGCUCCGGGAGUGGCUGGAGCCCUCGCCUCGCCCAGCCGGCCCUACGCCGCCGCCAGGGACUGGCUGCAGAUUCUCAUCCCUCUAGAUUUAGCCAAAGACAUGUCGGAGAAGCUGUCAGUGCUGCAGCACCUCGACAGCAAAGACUCAGAGAGCGAGAGCGAAGAGGAGAAGACAGAGAGAGAGAGACACCCGCCGCCCGCCUUGCCUCUCACUCUAGCGUGGCCGGAGCGCAGGAUCAAGAUCACUGUAGUGCCCGACGACCAGAUGUUAUGAUGUUGACUGUAUAUUUGUUAUUUAAAGAUAAUUACAUAUAUUUGCUUA